GGUAUUCAACAUGGCUGUGUAGUUAGUGUUGUGUGUGCCAGUUAUUACGGAUUGAAUGGAUUAAAUCGAGAAUUAUGCCAAGAAAACGAAAUGGUGAAAUUCCUUUACCCGAUGGAUGGGAUUUCGGCAGAGACUUCGAUGGAAAAGUGUAUUUCAUCGAUCACAUAACGAAGAAAACCUCUUGGAUUGACCCCAGAGACAGCAAUGAAGGUGAUGGUGACGCGUACUUAGGUGAUGUAGCUGGCAUUCCGACGUGGUUGAAAAUAUCCCAAGACCCUGAAGUUUAA